CUCAAGGCCGACCUUGCGGCCAAAUACGUGGUGCAAAAUGAGCUCCUACUAAAAGUUCUUGGUGGGCAGACGGCUGACGUGGGGCAGGUCACCAUCGGCGACGUGAUGGGCAAGGAUAGCCUGGCGUACUUGGAAGAGUGGAAGAGCCGUCUGGAACAGGCCGAUAGCGAUAUGGAGACGCGGGAUCCCGUGGACGACGAGCUAGUAGAGUUGGACACGAUCAUCACGCGGCUUGAGAAAGAGUUUCUGAACCCUUCCGACACAUCGCUACGCGAACAAAACAACGCCAUCUUCAACGAGUACUGUGAGAAGUACAACAAGGUGAUCUACGAGGUGAAGGAGAAUGAGGAUUUGAAUGCUGGAAUGGACGACACUGAGGAACAGGGCUCUUUUGGCAGCAGCGUGUACUAUAGGGUGAAAUAAAAUAAUGAUUUUUGUGCUGUAAAAAAAGUUUGCCCCUUUUCUUAUCUAGCAACUAUGAGUUCUCCUAAACGGCGCAUUGAGAGCGAUGUGAUGAAACUACUGAUGAGCGACUACGAGGUGAGUCUGGUGGACGACAACAUGCAGGAGUUCUAUGUGAAUUUCGAAGGCCCCAAGGACUCGCCAUACGAGGGCGGGCUGUGGCGGAUCCAUGUGGAGCUGCCGGACCAAUACCCAUACAAGUCUCCGUCGAUCGGGUUCCAGAACAAGAUCUUCCACCCUAACAUAGACGAGUCCAGCGGGUCUGUGUGUCUGGAUGUGAUCAACCAGACGUGGUCGCCCAUGUUUGACAUUUUCAACAUCUUUGAGACGUUUCUGCCGCAGCUUCUCAACUAUCCGAAUGCCGCAGACCCGCUCAACGGGGACGCAAGCUCGCUCUACAUGAGAGAUAAGAAUUUGUAUGUGGAGAAGGUUAAAAUGUACGUCAAAAAUUACGCGGACCCAGCCACAAUCCGCAACGGCGGCGCGGCCCAGGAGGAGGACGAAUCGGACUCGAGCGACGCUGACCUCAGCAGCGUAGACGAGAUGGUGGGCGAAAUCGACCUCUGA